UAAACGUCAGUUUAACAUUGCGGUUUGCGGAAGUAGGUGAUUCAGUCGGGUGUCCCGUGUUUUGUGAUAAUUAUCGCACUUUCACUAUUUUCCUUUUCGAAUACGUUUAUAGUAAUCUUACGAAAGAAAUUAAUUUGUUAGUUUGUGGCAUUGAUAGAAGUGUGUAUAAUUAAUAAGCAGGAAAAUAUUAAGAGACAGUUCUUGUGCAAAAUAUUAACCAGUUUUGGCGCAAGUUGUUUGGAAUUUACCAGCGGAUGGUCAAAAGAUGAGAAUUGAAGUUACCAUGCAGUUCAUUCAAGAGACUCUUCAAUGAUGAUAAUGGGACCCUUCCAUAGAGCUCCCUCCUUAAACAAACUUAAGUCACAGGAGUCAAGUGCCAGGCUGCGCCAUAUGCGUUGAUGGGCACCGCGGGCGGAGGGCGGGCGGCGCGGGCGCUCCGGCUUCUGCUUCUGCUAGUGCUGGCGCUGGCCGCUGUCGAGUACCUGUUCGGUUCCAUCCUGGACGCAUCACCUCUCAGGACCUAUCUGUAUGCACCGAUGCACAACGUCACGCCGUCUAUCAAAAACGAUAAACAGAUUGUGGCUAAAAAACUACUCACACAAGGAACAGAAUCAGUUACAAACUACACACACACAACAAACAGUUCAAAUAAAAAUCCAGCCAAGGAAACAUUUAACAUGACUAAACCCAAUCUAUCUGACGACACGAGCACGCCGCUUUUAAUCACCAAGAUUAUGGAGAGCAUAAAGAAUUUGGUAACCACAGAAGAAGACUUCAGAGAUGAACCAUCCUUACCGCUCUGUGAUGAAAUGCCGCCAGAUCUAGGUCCCAUAUCAGUGAACAAGACUGAGAUUGAACUAGAUUGGGUGGAGAAGAGGUACCCGGAGGUCCGGAGUGGAGGAAUAUACUCUUCGUCUAAUUGCACAGCCAGACAUAGAGUUGCUAUCAUAGUACCCUACAGAGAUCGUCAACAACACCUAGCGAUAUUCCUGAACCACAUGCAUCCAUUCCUUAUGAAACAGCAGAUAGAAUACGGAAUAUAUAUAAUUGAACAAGAAGGUACCAGCGAAUUUAAUCGCGCGAAGCUGAUGAACGUAGGCUUCGUGGAGAGUCAGAGACAGAGGUCGUGGCAGUGCUUCAUCUUCCACGACAUAGACCUCCUGCCUCUAGACUCACGGAACAUGUACUCGUGUCCGAAACAACCGCGUCACAUGUCCGCAUCUAUAGACAAACUCAACUUUAGGUUACCAUACGAAGAUAUAUUCGGAGGCGUCUCAGCUAUGACACUGGAACAGUUCACGAAGGUGAACGGGUUCUCCAACAAGUACUGGGGCUGGGGUGGAGAAGACGACGAUAUGUUUUAUAGAUUGAAAAAAAUGAAUUACCACAUAGCGAGGUAUAAAAUGUCAAUUGCAAGAUACGCCAUGUUAGAUCAUAAGAAGUCAGCGCCUAAUCCUAAGAGAUAUCAGUUGUUAUCACAGACGAGCAAAACGUUUCAGAAAGACGGUCUAUCGACGCUGGAAUACGAAGUAAUAAAGGUGACGGCCAACCAUCUCUACACGCACAUACUAGUGAACAUAGACGAGCGCAGCUGACGGACAUACCUCGCCAAACUCCUGUUUGGCGACCGGUAACACCUAACGACAUAUUUGACAUAACUGCGGAUUUAACGUUUAUUAUCUGUGGUAAUUAUAGUCUGUGGUCAGCAAAAAUUGUCCUAUAAUAAAAGCAUAGUCUGUGGCUAUAAAUAUUAGCCUCUUUAUCAAAUUAUAAUCUGUGGUCACUAAGCGUCUUUUUAUUAAGAUACCUAGAAAUUUUGUUAAUUCGACCACAUAUGAGAAACUAACGAACGAUAUUACUAUCAUUUAUUAUUUAAAAACUUUUUGUUUUGUGAUUUAGUUUAACUAAUGCUAAGGACGCUCACUGACAUCUGACAGAUACAUAAUUUUAAUGACAAAGCGGGAAAUAUGACAAGUGAAAAUUAAAAACGGGGAUAUAGGACAAAUCAUAAUUUCCGCAGAUUAUACAUACGGGAUUAUCUGUAAUCACAAGAAAGUAACGUGUUAUAAAUUACUUGAUAAAAAAAAAUAUGUUAGGAAAUUACUUGGUAAGGAAUACAACCUAGACUAUGUGCUAACGAGUAAUCAAGUGUAAGCAUACAUUUAACGUUGUUAGAUAGAAUAUCAAAAACUAUAAUAAUACUGAAGACUUCAAUUAUUAAGCAUAACUUUGAUCUUUACGACAAAUAGCUCUUAUUUAUUAAAAAAAAAAAAACUCUCAAUGCUGUAUAGUUUAAACCUUAGUCUGCUUAUAUCUAAUAUAAGAACAGAUUAAAAAAAUAUCUCACGGUAUUUUUGUGAGUUGAUAAUUUGCAAAGGUUUCAUUAUCCGCAGUUAAGUCAAUGUUGUGAAUUGUGGUUACUUAGUACUAAGACCUCUGCAGUAACAUAUGGUGUUGCCAUCUUUAAAAUCAUUUUGUUUGAAUUAUUUUUUUAUUGCUUUUAUAUUGAUAUAUGUUUAGUGUAAGCGAAAUGUUACCUUUUAUAUCAUAGAUAGGAAUCAUGUAAACGUAGUGUAAUCAUUAAGUAAAAACUAUUAUUAUUUUUUAAUUAUUUUUCUAAUAUGUAUUUCGUUGCUAGAAAAACUAGUCUUGUCCGUGUAUUUUUUUUUUGAUAUAGAUUUAAUUCGUAUGUAAAUAUUAAUAUAACAAAAUAAUAGGAAGACAAUAAAUUAUAAAUUAAAAACAACCUUUUUAUAUAACCCUCUCAGAGAUGCCGAAAAAUAUUAUAAUUUGAAUAAAAAUAAAAAUCUGAAAAAAAAAUAAAUAAUAAUAAUAUGUAAAAAUAUGACAAUAUGAAUGAACAAUUAGCUAGCCACGGAUCAGAAUUGAAAUUAAUUUUUAGAUUAUAAUAUGAAGCAUUGAAAAUGUAUUGAAGCUAGUAUAUGUUAUAUCCGGCCUAAAGUAUGUACCUUCGCAAAAUUCGUAUAUUCGAAAACCUACAAUACAUAAGUAUACAUUAAUAACUAAAUGUAGACAAUCACAUAGUUUUUCUUCAUUUGUAAUAUUAUACAUUUAAUUUUCUAUUAACAUAUAGUUAAUACAUUUAAUAAAGAAGUGGAGUUGAAUACUGUUUAAUGUACUUACUUAUGAGAUGUACAUAGCUUGUAGUUUUAGACUUGUCAGAUAUACUUAAUAGACCUGUAUAAUAUUUUUGAUCCUGUAACGCUUAUAUGUGAAUUACAUUAUUAUGUAUGGUGCAAGAUAUAUAGAAUUUUAUUUUUGAGGUAAUCUUUUUUGUGUAAUAUAUUUUAUUUUUUUUGCUAAUUAAAUAAUCACAAUCCACAUUGUCAGAAUGAAGAUUUUUUUUCUUUUAUUUAAUACUCUAAUGUUUAUUUUUUCAUUAUAACUUUAUUAUAUUAAUUUGAUAUCAAAGCGGUUGGCCUAGACUCUAGAGCGUUUUAUAUUUAAAAACUUUUAUACAUGUAUGUAAAUGUAUUUGAAUGAAGAGAAAUCCUUAAAAAAUCUAACUUCUUGUUAAGAGAGAAUUCAAAAUACUGAGAUUAUUAACAAAAUAAUUGUAAUCCAGUCUACAUUAUUUGCUUAAAAUAUUUUUUUUAAUAGCAAAAAAAUAUCAUAUUAUUUUGGUGUGUAAGAUUGUUUUAUGUGAUACAUUUUCAAUAUUAUUAAGUGUACAGAAUUCGCUGAGCCAUCCAAAUGUAACGUAGUGAGCUUUAGACAUUUUAUUUAACAGCGCAUUGUUUUCAGAGCCAAGUAUUGUUUUUAUAUAUAAAUAAAUUCGUUUGUUUCAAAGAAAUUA